AUGCAGCAGUCACAAUCGCCACCACCAGCGGUGCCAGCACAACCGGCAUCUCAAACCAUUUAUAAGCUCGACUCUGGGUCUCAUCGACCCGGUAACCCAGAUCAAAUUCAACCGGAUUUAUCCCAUCUUACUCCCGAAGAGAGAAGGAUUAUUGAGGAUGUUAUUAAUAGGCAACGACAGGAAGAACUCAUUGAUCGUGACUGGGCAGUUGAUGCCAAUUCCUGUGAUGAGUACGCUAAUCCACCUAAUCAGCUCAAACGGUAA